GAGAGGCGAGGCGAGCGGCGCGUGCGGGAUAAGGGAGAGAGACAGCCACAAAACCCUAGCCGCGAGCGCCGCGCGCGAACCCCCAUGGCGGCCUUCACCACCACCACCGCGGCGGCGUCGCUGCCCACGGCCCUCGUCGCGCGCUCUACGGCGGGGGUGAGCGGCUCCUCCUCGCAGUGGGCGCCGCCGCUCCGGUGCGCGGCGCCGGUGGUGGUGGGGCUCCGGCGAGCGGCCGCGUCAUCUCGGCGGGGCGCCGUGCUACGGGUUCAAGCAAAGAAACAAACGUUCUCUUCAUUUGACGAGUUGCUGGAGAAGUCUGAAAAACCUGUACUAGUCGACUUCUAUGCAACUUGGUGUGGUCCAUGCCAAUACAUGGUUCCCAUACUUCAGGAAGUAAGCGAAAAGUUAGGCGAUAAGAUUCAAGUUGUUAAAAUUGAUACAGAGAAGUACACAAGCAUUGCUAAUCGUUACCAAAUUGAAGCGUUACCAACUUUUAUCAUCUUUAAGAAUGGGAAACCUUGUCAUCGCUUUGAGGGAGCACUGCCUGCUAAUCAGCUAAUCCAACAGAUCGAGAGUGCUUUGGAGGUUGCAAAGUAGCAUGUAUGGUCGUGUGAAUACUAUUUGAUAGGUUGCUCUGCAUCUAAAGUUCAGAUAUAUUAGAGCAAGUAUAAUAGCAGGCUAUAAGCCGACUAUAUGCUUAUGUGGAGUAGAGAGAGUGUAAGCAGGCUGUUAGCUUGUCGCCAAUUUGAGCACAGGAACUUAAAAAACUCUGUGAGAGUUGCAUAUGUGCCCUGCAUUAAUGAUGAAGAGCUAACUAGUAUAUGUGUGGGCUAAAAAAAGCUAUAAGAAGGCUUAUAGCCAGCUUGUUGGCUAUAUUAUUAGCCUUGCUCUUAUGUAACUCUGCAUUAACUAAAGAGUUGGUGAAAAAGCGGAUGCCUAUUGGAUUUUGUGUUAAUUGUUAUCCUAACAG